AUGACGCCCACAUGGUUGGUAGUCUAUUUUAUUUUAAGUCUAUCUGGGACCAACACAGCAUUCCCUAUGACCCCUACCGAGCUGCCACCUGAGACAGGGAUUUACAGAGUCAAAGACACAAGCCUCACGCACCUGACGGUACACCGCAAGACGGGCGAGGUGUUCGUCGGAGCCGUAAACCGAGUCUACAAACUCUCCUCGAACCUGACCGAGCUGCGAUCGCACAUGACGGGACCUGUGGAAGACAACGCCAAAUGCUACCCCCCUCCCAGUGUCCGAGCCUGCGCUCACAAACUGGAGUCCUCUGACAAUGUGAACAAAUUGCUGCUGAUAGACUACGCGGGGAACCGUCUGGUGGCGUGUGGGAGCAUCUGGCAAGGAGUUUGCCAGUUUCUCCGGCUAGAGGACCUCUUCAAGCUCGGCGAGCCGCACCACCGAAAAGAGCACUACCUUUCAGGGGCCCGAGAGGCCGACGGAAUGGCGGGGGUGGUGGUGGGCGAGGACGACGGACCGGGAGGGGAGAUGAAGAAAAAGAAGAAAGGCGGGAGUCGGCUUUUCAUCGGCGCAGCCAUCGACGGGAAGUCCGAGUACUUCCCGACCCUGUCCAGCCGUAAGCUCGUCGCUGACGAGGAGAGCGUCAGCAUGUUCAGUCUGGUUUAUCAAGAUGAAUUUGUGUCCUCCCAAAUCAAGAUACCCUCAGACACGCUCUCUCUCUACCCAGCCUUUGAUAUCUAUUAUGUAUACGGUUUCUCCAGUCGCACCUACAUAUACUUCCUCACCCUGCAGCUAGACACACAACUCACACAGAUGGACGCCACAGGCGAGAAAUUCUUCACCUCCAAGAUUGUGCGAAUGUGCUCCAACGACACAGAGUUCUAUUCUUAUGUGGAGUUCCCGCUGGGCUGCACUAAAGAUGGGGUGGAAUAUCGACUUGUCCAGGCUGCCUACAAGCACCGUCCUGGCCGGAUGCUUGCCCAAGCUUUGGGCUUGUCGGAGGAUGAGGACGUGUUGUUUGUGGUCUUUUCCCAAGGCCAGAAGAACAGGGCCAACCCACCCCGUGAGACUGUGCUGUGCCUGUUCACCCUGCAUCAGAUCAACCUGGCCAUGAGGGAGAGGAUUAAGUCCUGCUACCGUGGGGAGGGCAAGUUGUCUCUGCCUUGGCUGCUCAACAAGGAACUGCCAUGCAUCAACACGCCCAAACAGAUUGGGGAUGAUUUCUGUGGCUUGGUGCUCAAUCAGCCACUGGGAGGUCUUAGGGUCAUUGAGGGCACUCCACUGUUUGAUGACCGCUCUGAUGGAAUGGCAGCGGUCGCCGCCUACACCUACGGAGAACAUUCGGUGGUGUUUGUGGGAACCCGCAGCGGACACCUGAAAAAGAUCCGCGUGGAUGGCAUUCCUCCACCUUCCCAGAACGCCCUGCUGUAUGAGACGGUCACUGUCGUGGAGGGGAACCCUAUUCUGCGGGACAUGGUGUUCAGUCCAGAUUAUAAGUACAUCUAUUUACUGAGCGAUAAACAGGUGAGCCGUCUCCCAGUGGAGAGCUGCAGUCAAUACAAGACCUGUAAGACGUGUUUGGGGUCAGGAGAUCCCCACUGCGGUUGGUGUGUUCUCCACAACAAAUGCUCGAGACAGGAAGCAUGUGAGAAGUGGUCAGAACCCCAGCACUUUAAUGUGGAGCUCAAGCAGUGUGUGGACAUCUCUGUCACGCCCAAGAACAUGUCCGUGACGUCCGCUUCCACCCAGCUGAGUGUGAAGGUGCUAAAUGUGCCAAACCUGUCAGCGGGGGUCACGUGUGUGUUUGAGGGGCUUACAGAGAGUCCGGGGGAGGUGCUGUCUAAGGGACAGAUCCUCUGCAUGUCGCCCUCCCUGAGAGACGUUCCCUCGCUCACCCACGGAUACGGCGAUAAAAGAGUGGUCAAGCUCUCAUUAAAGUCUACGGAAACGGGAUCCCAAUUCAUUUCCACCGACUUCAUCUUCUACAACUGUAGCGUUCUGCAAUCGUGCUCGUCAUGCGUGAGCAGCCCGUUUCCUUGCAACUGGUGUAAAUACCGUCACAUCUGCACCAACAACCUGGCCGAGUGCUCUUUCCAGGAGGGACGCGUGAGCACUGCGGAGGGCUGCCCACAAAUUCUACCCACUAGCAACAUACUGGUACCUGCUGGGAUAAUUCGACCUAUCACUCUGCGCGCCCGUAACCUGCCCCAGCCGCAGUCAGGGCAGAAGAACUAUGAGUGUGUCUUCAACAUCCAGGGCAAAGUUCAACGUAUCCCCGCUGUGCGCUUCAACAGCUCCUGUAUUCAGUGCCAAAAUACCUCGUACUGGUAUGAUGGUAAUGAGAUGGGGGACCUGCCUGUGGAUUUCUCCAUUGUGUGGGACGGUGAUUUCCCAAUCGACAAACCUGCUAGCAUGAAAGCUCUGUUGUAUAAGUGUGAAGCACAGAGGGACAGCUGUGGGCUAUGUCUGAAAGCAGACAGCAGCUUUGAGUGUGGCUGGUGUCUGGCCGAUAAGAAGUGCCUCCUGAGGCAGCACUGUCAGUCGCCCGAACUCAACUGGAUGCACCAGGGUCGACGCAACGUUCGCUGCAGCCAUCCACGUAUUACCAAGAUUUGGCCAUUGACUGGCCCCAAAGAGGGGGGUACACGAGUGACCAUAGAGGGGGAGAAUCUGGGUCUGCAGGUUCGAGAGAUCACCCACGUGAGGGUGGCUGGAGUGCGCUGUAACCCAGCUCCCUCUGAGUAUGUCAGCGCGGAGAGGAUAGUGUGUGACAUGGAGGAGUCCCUGAUGGCCAGUCCCCCAGGGGGCCAAGUGGAGCUGUGUAUUGGAGACUGCAGCGCUGAUUACCGCACCCAGUCCACUCAAACCUACUCUUUUGUGACCCCCAGCUUUAACCGAGUGCGUCCAGAGAAGGGCCCCGUCUCGGGGGGAACCAGGCUGACUAUCUCCGGCAGACAUCUGGAUGCUGGGAGCUCUGUCACGGUGUCCCUGGCUCAAGAGGCGUGUGCGUUUGUCAAGAGAACGAUGCAUGACAUUGUGUGCGUGACCCCACCAUCUGUGUCGGGAUCUGGACCAUCCUCAAUCAAGCUGUUUAUAGACAGAGCGGAAAUCACCAGCGCAGACACCCGCUACAUCUACACUGAGGACCCCACCAUCACCAACAUCGAGCCCAACUGGAGCAUCGUGAAUGGAAGCACCACGCUCACAGUUACAGGAACCAACCUGCUCACCAUUCAGGAGCCAAAAGUACGAGCCAAGUACGGAGGAGUGGAAACAACAAAUGUGUGCACUGUGGUAAAUGAUUCAGUAAUGACAUGCCUGGCUCCUGGGAUUAUCUACACUAAAAGGCAAGCCCCUGAGACAGGGGUGCACCCUGACGAAUUUGGCUUCAUCAUGGAUCACGUCUCCUCUUUGCUCAUUCUCAAUGGCACCCCUUUCACAUACUACCCCAAUCCGACCUUCGAUGCACUAGGGAGCUCUGGGAUACUGGAGGUCAAGCCUGGGUCCCCAAUUAUCUUGAAGGGGAAGAAUCUCAUUCCUCCUGCCCCGGGUAACGCGCGUCUGAAUUACAGCGUGAUGAUUGGAGAAACCCCCUGUCUGUUAACCGUCUCUGAGUCUCAACUGCUCUGUGAUUCGCCAGACUUAACUGGGGAGCAGCGAGUCAUGAUUCUGGUCGGCGGUUUGGAGUACUCACCUGGUACUCUGCACAUUUACUCAGACAGUACUCUGACCCUUCCUGCCAUAAUCGGGAUUGGGGCGGGAGGCGGUGUUCUGCUCAUUGCCAUCAUCGCUGUCCUCAUCGCCUAUAAGAGGAAAACCCGAGAUGCCGAUCGAACGCUCAAACGCCUCCAGUUACAGAUGGACAACUUGGAAUCUCGAGUGGCUUUGGAGUGCAAGGAGGCAUUCGCCGAACUCCAGACGGACAUCCAGGAGCUGACCAACGACAUGGACGGGGUGAAGAUCCCCUUUCUGGACUAUCGUACCUACACCAUGAGGGUGAUGUUCCCGGGGAUAGAAGAGCAUCCCGUCCUGAAGGAGCUGGAUUCUCCUGCCAACGUGGAGAAGGCUCUGCGUCUCUUCAGCCAGCUACUUCACAACAAAAUGUUUCUGCUGACAUUUAUCCACACGCUGGAGGGCCAGAGGUCGUUCUCCAUGCGUGACCGUGGUAACGUGGCCUCCCUCCUGAUGGCGGCGCUGCAGGGACGCAUGGAGUACGCCACCGUCGUGCUGAAGCAGCUUCUGGCUGAUCUCAUCGAAAAGAACCUAGAAAACCGCAACCAUCCCAAAUUACUGCUCAGACGAACUGAAUCUGUUGCAGAAAAGAUGCUCACUAAUUGGUUCACAUUUCUCCUGCAUCGUUUCCUUAAGGAGUGCGCUGGGGAACCUCUCUUCAUGCUGUAUUGUGCCAUAAAGCAGCAGAUGGAGAAAGGCCCCAUUGACGCCAUCACGGGAGAAGCUCGUUACUCCCUGAGCGAGGACAAGCUCAUCCGCCAACAGAUCGACUAUAAACAGCUGACCCUGAUGUGCAUUCCUCCGGAGGGUGAGGUGGGCACUGAGAUCCCCGUCAAAGUGAUAAACUGCGACACGAUAACACAGGUGAAGGACAAGCUUCUGGAUGCUGUGUAUAAAGGCAUCCCGUACUCCCAGAGACCGCAGGCAGACGACAUGGACCUGGAGUGGAGACAGGGACGACUGACCAGGAUCAUUCUUCAGGAUGAAGAUGUCACCACUAAGAUUGAGAGUGACUGGAAAAGACUCAACACUCUGGCACACUAUCAGGUGACUGAUGGAUCUCUGGUAGCUCUGGUUCAGAAGCAAGUAUCUGCUUACAACAUCGCUAACUCUUUCACUUUCACCCGUUCGCUCAGCCGUUACGAGAGUCUCCUCCGGACCUCCAGCAGUCCAGACAGCCUCCGUUCCCGGGCGCCCAUGAUCACUCCUGACCAAGAAACAGGCACCAAACUCUGGCAUCUGGUUAAGAACCACGAGCACUCGGACCAACGCGAGGGAGACCGAGGCAGCAAGAUGGUCUCUGAGAUUUACCUCACGCGUCUGCUUGCGACCAAGGGUACUUUGCAGAAGUUUGUGGAUGACCUGUUUGAGACCGUGUUCAGCACAGCGCACCGCGGCAGCGCUCUGCCAUUAGCCAUCAAAUACAUGUUUGAUUUCCUGGAUGAGCAGGCAGACAAGAGACAGAUCACUGACCCAGACGUCAGACACACCUGGAAGAGCAACUGCCUACCUCUGCGUUUCUGGGUGAAUGUGAUCAAAAACCCUCAGUUUGUGUUUGACAUCCAUAAGAGCAGUAUCACAGACGCCUGUCUAUCCGUGGUGGCUCAGACCUUCAUGGAUUCCUGUUCCACAUCUGAGCACCGACUGGGCAAAGAUUCACCCUCCAACAAGCUUCUCUAUGCUAAAGACAUCCCCAACUACAAGAGCUGGGUAGAGAGGUACUACAGGGAUAUCAGUAAAAUGCCCGGCAUUAGUGAUCAGGACAUGGAUGCUUAUCUGGUGGAACAGUCUCGUCUCCACGGCAGCGAGUUCAACACUCUCAGCGCACUCAAUGAACUCUAUUUCUACAUCAACAAGUACAAAGAGGAGAUCUUGACAGCACUGGACAGGGAUGGCUACUGCCGCAAACACAAACUGCGACACAAACUGGAACAAGCCAUUAACCUGAUGUCAGGAAGCAGCUGA